AUGAAUACUAGUAAAAUCAAAAAAGUUGAACGUAAAUUCUCAACCUUUUAAUAUUGAAGAUUCAUAAAAAUAACCUCUAAAAAAUCAUCAACUUGUAAAAGAUAAAAAAAAACUCAGAAACACUAAAUAUCAAUUUGAAAUUGACCCAAAAUUAGCAAAAAAUAAAAUUUCAGGUUAUCAUAAAAAAUUGAAUAAUAAAGUAAGGUACAAUAAGAAUUAUAGAAAAAGGAAGAAUAAAGAAAAAUUGAUGAAGAAAAAUUAAGUUAAGAAGAAUUAAGAAGAAAAGAAGAAACAAUCAAAUUUACAGAGCUUAAAAAAUUACAAUAGGAAAAUAUUCAGCCUAAACCAUAUAGCAAGUAGUAACUUGAAUAUAUGUUUAAAAAUAUGAAUGAUUUUUAAUGUUUUGAAAAAGACAAUAAUGGAAUUAAGAUCAAAGAAAGAAAACAUCUUGAUUAUAAAAAGUUAAAAAGAUAUGAAAAAAAGAAAAGAAACUUAAAUCCCAAUUUAAAAGAGGGAAAAAUAACAGAGGUUCAUUUAGAUAGACCACCAAUAUAUUAAAAUGAACCCAAUCCAAAAUUACUAUUAAGAGUUCCUAUUUCUAUUUAAGAAUAACUUUGA